AUGAAAUCCUUAAUCUUCCUCAGGCUGCUACUCGCCUUUUCGCCAUUCUGGGCUUCCGCGGUUCUAAUACAACAUGCCUCAAAAUCUACAUUCAAUAAGCUUCUCAACGAGAAUAAACUCGUCUUCUCAGCGUUCACCUCAAAAUCGAUCGAAUCCCUUUCUUCUUUCAACACAAAUUUCGAACUCGCAUCUGAGGACGUUAAAACGCCCUUCGUAACGGUAGAUUGUGGAGAAGAGAUAGAACUUUGCAAAGAACACGAUGUGAACGCAUAUCCAGCUGUGCGACUAUUCAGGAAUCAUGGGAAUGAAACAAACAGAUAUCGGGGAAGGAGAACCAGUUCCGCAAUUAAAUCAUAUGUGACAAAACAAGAGCUUCCUACAGUAACCCACGUUCAACCCUCCUCGCUUCCCUCGUUCAAAACUAUCGAUGACAUUGUUAUCCUCGCCUACCUCCUCCCAGGCCAAACCUCACUCCUUAAAAGCUUUCGUAGUGUAGCUGCGAAGAACAAUCGCGACCUCGUCUUUGGGUUCACUACCGAUAUGCCGAGUGCAGACGCGGAAGGACUUGCCAUGCCGUCGAUUGUAUGCUACAAGAAUACGGACGGUGACAACAGAGUGAUGAACGGGCAUUUCACAGAAAGUAACAUAGAGGAGUUUCUGGCAAUGGCGACCCCUACUCUGAUUGGAGAGUUUAGUGAGAAGCACAUUGACAAGUACAUGGUUCCGGGUAAACUCACAGUCUACAUUUUCGCAUCCACAGAACGAGAUCAGACGACUAUGCGACACGAACUCACACCCGUCGCUAAGAAGCUCCAGCAAUAUGUCAAAUUCGGCGUCGCAGAUUCAGUAGAAUACGGUCCCAUGGCGAAAAACUUUGGCCUUUCAGAAGAAAGGUUUCCAGCGGUGGUUGUUCACGCUCCGGUGAAUGACCAGGUGUUUCCGUACAAUCAGGCCCGAAAGGUUACUGCCGCCCAUGUCGAGGCUAUGUUGAUGACUAUUCUUGAAGGGAGGGCGACAUCGGGACAAGUCUUUGGUGACGAUGCCCCAGAGAUAAAGAUCGAGGCGGAAAGUUCCGGUGCCAAAACGCACGACGAGUUGUGA